GUGAUCACGUGUCCUUUUUUACAGCCGGGUAAUCUGGAGCUCAGCCCUGUCUAGAAUUAAUUUUCCUUCCUAAAACCGGUUGUAUUUCAUCAAUAUACGGAUAUAUUUUGAGGCCUCAAUAUGCCUAUAUUCUCGGAGCUGUAUUUUAAUGUGGAUAAUGGUUACUUGGAAGGGUUGGUCAGGGGUUUUAAGGCUGGAAUCCUUUCACAGGGAGACUAUCUAAAUCUCGUCCAGUGUGAAACCCUGGAAGACCUGAAACUCCAUCUGCAGAGCACGGACUAUGGCAGCUUCCUGGCCAACGAGCCGUCCCCCCUCACCGUGUCCGUCAUCGACGACAAGCUCAAAGAGAAGAUGGUGGUGGAGUUCCGUCACAUGAGAAACCAGUCCUACGAACCGCUGGCAAGCUUCAUGGACUUCAUCACGUACAGCUACAUGAUAGACAAUGUGAUCCUGCUGAUCACGGGCACCCUGCACCAGCGUGCCAUCUCUGAGCUGGUACCUAAGUGCCACCCUCUGGGCAGCUUUGAGCAGAUGGAGGCAGUCAACAUCGCCCAGACCCCAGCAGAACUUUACAACGCCAUCCUGGUCGACACCCCUCUGGCUGCUUUCUUCCAAGACUGCAUAUCUGAGCAGGAUCUGGAUGAGAUGAACAUCGAGAUCAUCCGUAAUACUCUGUAUAAGGCUUAUCUGGAGGCUUUCUACAAGUUCUGCUCCACUCUGGGAGGAACCACUGGUGACACCAUGUGUCCUAUUCUAGAGUUUGAGGCGGACAGGAGGGCCUUCAUCAUCACCAUCAACUCAUUUGGUACGGAGCUGUCUAAGGAGGACCGUGCCAAGCUGUUCCCCCACUGUGGCAAGCUGUACCCUGAGGGGCUGGCUCAGCUUGCCCGCGCUGACGACUACGAACAGGUCAAAGCUGUGGCUGACUACUACCCUGAAUACAAGCUCCUGUUUGAGGGAGCAGGCAGCAACCCAGGGGACAAGACACUGGAGGACAGGUUCUUUGAGCAUGAGGUGAAGCUGAACAAGCUGGCGUUCCUGAACCAGUUCCACUUCAGCGUGUUCUAUGCCUACGUCAAGCUGAAGGAGCAGGAGUGCAGGAACAUCGUGUGGAUCGCUGAGUGUAUCGCUCAGAGGCACCGCGCCAAGAUAGACAACUACAUCCCCAUCUUCUGAUCUGAACACACACCAGUACCCCUCUCAUUCUGAUCACACACACACACACACACACACACACACACACACACACACACACACACACACACACACACACACACACACACACACACACACACACCA